GCAGGAGCUCGCCCACAAUCUUUGAAGGAAAGAGCUCUCCAAUAUUUACAUCCAAUCCCUCAAUAUUUUGGAAGAAUUGGCUUUGAAAAAUGAAGCAUAGAGACUUGUCUUUAUCUGCCUCCUCACAGAAGAACCAUCAAACGCAAACUCCAGAGGACACAGUGCAUUCCUGAUUCCCUAUGCUCUCAUGCUGGCACUUGUCGGGAUACCAAUGUUUUUCUUGGAAUGUUCCUUUGGUCAGUUUGCCAGCCUCGGACCUGUUGCAGUGUGGAAGGCCGUGCCCAUGUUGCAAGUAAAGUGGUUUUACGCCGUUCCAGUUCAAUAGAUGAGAUUGGGGACAUAGUCUGGUAUUUAGCUCUCUGUCUGCUUCUGUCCUGGCUGGUAGCUGGAGGAGCGUUGUCUAAAGGAAUCAAAUCUUCAGGAAAGGUGGUUUAUUUAACUGCUAUAUUCCCAUAUGUGGUUCUGACCAUACUUCUGAUCCGUGGGUUUACUCUGGAGGGAGCCUACAAAGGGAUUGAAUUCUAUAUUGGAAGCCAGUCAGAUUUCUCCAAACUGGCUGACAUUGAGGUCUGGAAAGAUGCUGCAACACAAAUUUUCUAUUCUCUUGCAGUAGGUUGGGGCAGUUUAAUAACAUUGUCAUCCUACAAUAAAUUCCACAACAACUGCUACAGAGAUACCAUUGUUGUCUGUGUUGUUAGUUGUGCAACAAGCGUACUUUCUGGGUUUGUCAUCUUCUCCUUUCUUGCACACAUGGCCUACAUACAAGACAAGCCUGUUUCAGAGAUUGCUUUGUCAGGUUUUGGUUUGGCUUUUAUUGCCUACCCAGAAGGCCUUGCACAAUUGCCAUGGGCACCUUUGUGGUCCAUUUUAUUUUUCUUCAUGCUAAUCACCGUGGAAAUUGACACUGUGCUUGCAGAUGUCGAAACGAUAUUCACAGUGCUGCUGGACUGGUUCCCUUGUUUUCGCCAAACAAGGCGCAUUUACCUGAUAACUGCCAUUUUCCCACUACUUUAUUUUCUUGGCCUUGUAUUUGUAACACAGGCUGGAAUUUACUGGAUAAACUUAGUGGAUCAUUUCUGUUCUGGAUGGAUUGUCAUUAUCACAGCUUUGCUGGAACUCAUCGGUCUCAGCUGGAUCUAUGGGAUAAACAGAUUUAUCAAGGACAUUGAGAUGAUGAUCGGGAAAAAGAACUGGCUGUUCUGGCUGUGGUGGAGAAUGUGUUGGAUUGCGAUCUCCCCAUGUUUGCUGGCAAUCAUCUUGUUCUGGGCCUUAGCGACAUUUGAUCCUCCAACCUAUGGACCUGUUGAAUACCCUGUCUGGGCAAUAGCACUGGGCUGGUGUAUGAUUGCUUUCUGUAUUAUGUGGAUCCCCCUCGUGGCCAUUGUGAGAGUUAUCCUAGCUGAGGGCUGCACCUUGUGGCAGAAAAUUUCUGCGGCUUGCACGUCAGCCCCUGAUUGGGGUCCGUACUUGGAACAACACAGAGGGGAAAUGUACAGGAAGAAGCCUGGCUCAACAGAAGUCCCAAUCUGUGUGCAACUUCUGGCCUCUCCUCAGAUCUGAAAAUUUAAUGGAAUAGUUCUGCUUGGCCUACUCAUCAUGAAAAUCCAUCCACAAUGACUUAGAUAUUUGUUCUUCAGUAUUGUCAGUAAUUUGCUUGGGACGCAGGCACAACUAUGAGCAGUUUAAUAAUACAGCAGAAUUGCUGAGCAUCAGAGUUUCCACACCAUAAGCCUUCGGUCAUGCUCUGAUCUGAGCCCUGAUGCUAACACACAGGAUACCAGCUGUAAACAAUUCCUUCAGCAGCACUGUAUUUAAUUUAAAGAAAGCUGGCAGGGAUGUAUUUAACUCCAAGAAAGCCAACAGGGAAUUUAAAUUACGGGAAUUGGGCAGCAUUGUGGCUCAGUGGUUAGUGCUGCUGCCUCACAGUGCCAGGUACCUGCGUUCAGUUCCACCCUCAGGUGAUUGUCUGUGUGGAGUUUGCACAUUUUCCCUGUGUCCAUGUGGGUUUCCUUUGGGUGCUCAGGUUUCCUCCCAUAGUCCAAAGAUUGGCCAUGCUAAAUUGCCCAGUGCAUCCAGGGAUGUGCAGGUUAGGUGGGUUAGCCAUGGCAAGUGCAGAGUCAAAGGAGUAGUGUGGGAGGUGGGAUGAGUCUGGGUGAAAUGCUCUUUGGAGGGUCAGUGUAGACCUGAUGGACCAAAUGGCCUGGUUCCAAACUAUAGAGAUUCUAUGAUUUCUAUAGUAUUGGGAAACCCCUCACACAAUGAAGUCUCAUCAUUAAAAUGUGACCACGAGAUAUCUGAUAUUAGAAGAGUCCUCAAUGCUAUGUGUUGUCCAGAUUUCAGUGAGUCUUGACCUUUGAGUUCCUGUGGCCAAUUUGGAAAAAGUAACUACAAGCUAAUGGUUGUGGUUCCAUUACACUCGCUUCAGUUUCUAAGCCGCAUGGACAUGCUCAUUCUAAAUCUGCCUCAGAGGGUGAAUCUCAUUCACCUACCUGAAAAUGCUGAUGAGCCCGAGAUAUUCUUCUUGAAGCAACUUUCUAUGUCAAUGCAUUAUUUGUAAACCAAUGGCAUUAAAUUGAUAGGCUUUUUUAGAAGUUGCAGUCCAAGGGAGGAGAAAGGAGUUUACAUCUGUCAUUGUCUUGGAUGUGAUUUUGUGCAAUAAAAAUAGUGAGUUUAGGGACAAGAAGGGAUUUGCAAGGACUGUAAGCAGGUCCAAUAAAGGAAAUGUUCAUCUGAGUUAGUAUGGUGAAAAAUUAAUGGAAUUGUAAUUGUAGGUAUUGCUUGAAAUUGAAGAGAGUGAGGUUCUUAAGUUUUAAUGUUAUAUUGGAAUGCUGCAAGAAAUUGUUAAUGGAAUACUGAGGAGUGAGCCCUGGCCAUUUUGUGGCCACCAUUGUUUGUUCUGUUUGGAUUUUGAAAUUAGUGUAUAAAACAGCAAGUGUGGGUUUGCCGAUUUAAAAGGUAACUGGACAAGAGCUCCUGUUAUCAUGAUUCACAUCAACAGUAUGGAGUGAGAUAACAAGGUGUAGA